GCAGAGAGAGAGGAUUUACGCCGGCGGCGUGCGGGGCAGGAGAAGCCGGCGCACCGUAGCCGCAGUCGGUCUGUUUUCAGCGACGCGUGGCCGAGCCGUCAUGGCAGACGCUGUAGCGGGCAACGGUCAACUUUACACCCGAGGCUAACAACCAGAAAAACCAGGGGGUGGAAGAGUUUCCAGUGGAGAGAUUAUGUCCGGAGCUCGGUGUUCUGCUGCUGCCGCUGCCGCUGCUGCUGCUGCGGGGAAAAGUUCAUCAGAAGUAGGGACACCGUCACACCAGCGCUGCUAACAUGGCGGAGCGCAGCGGCUGCGAUGUCAACAUUCUUAGCAUCCCAGUGCCCAUUCGUCGUGGCGGCUCAGAGUCCAACCUGGAUGUGGUGGACAGCGUUGGCAGUGAAGGCGUGGGCCUGGAUUUCUCCAAGGGAGCACUGGGUAUCGACAGCCUGCAGCAGAAAAUCCUAAAGGUGACGGAGCAGAUUAAGGUGGAGCAGGCAGCCCGGGACCAGAAUGUGGCCGAGUACCUGAAGCUGGUGAACAACGCUGACAAGCAGCAGGCGUCGCGGAUCCGCCAGGUCUUCGAGAAGAAGAACCAGAAGUCGGCGCAGAGCAUCGCACGGCUGCAGAGGAAGCUGGAACAGUACCACCGCCGCGCCAAGGACAGCGAAACCAACGGCAAACACAGCCACAAGGACGGCAAAGAGUCCGGGUCGCAGAGCAAAGAGGGCAGCCUGAAGGACGUCAGCGCCACGGGACGUCACCCGGCGCUGGACAAAGUGAAGACCAUCGGGCCGGGCGUGUCGCUCUCGCCGCCCUUCUUUUUCAACAAGUCGCGGGAGUUCGCGAACCUCAUCCGGAACAAGUUUGGCAGCGCAGACAACAUCGCCCACCUGAAGAGCUCCAUGGAGCACUCGUCGGGGCUGCAGGUGGACAGCACGGCAAGGGGGCUGAGCGGCAGUGCCACCACAGUGAGCAAGACGGCCAAGUACCAGAGUGACGACGAGUGCUCCACCGGGACGUCGGCGUCCGCUGACUCUAAUGGGAACCCGGCCGGAGGCUCGGGGGCGGGAUCUGGGGGUCCAGGGAGGUCGGACUCGAACGGGCGUCUGGCAGAGAUUGUGGACAUGGUGCGGGAGGUCAGAGACGCUCAGGGACAGCUGGCCGACGAGAUGGAGGCGAUGAACACGCAGUUCAAACGAGACUAUAGCUACUUCACGCAGGUGCUGCAGGAGGAAAGAUACAGGUAUGAGCGGCUGGAGGACCAGUUAAACGACCUGACGGAGCUUCACCAGCACGAGACCAGUAAUCUGAAGCAGGAGCUGGCCAGCAUCGAGGAGAAAGUGGCCUACCAGGCCUACGAGAGAGCCAGAGACAUACAGGAAGUGCUGGAGUCGUGUCAGACGCGCGUGUCCAAGCUGGAGCUGCAGCAGCAGCAGCAGCAGCAGACGGUGCAGCUGGAGAACGCCGACGCCAAAGUGCUGCUGGGCAAGUGCAUCAACAUCAUGCUCGCCAUCGUCACCGUCAUCCUGGUGUGCGUCUCCACGGCGGCCAAGUUCGCCGCGCCGCUGCUGCGCAGCCGCCUCCACCUGGCGCUCACCUGCGUGGGCGUGUCCCUUCUGGCGCUGCUGUGGAAGAACUGGGAACACUUGCAGUGCGCGCUGGAGCGGCUGCUGCUGCCGCACUGACGCAGCACGCGGACGGAACCGGGACCAAACUUUGUACCAAACCCUGGGUGCAGGUCUAUAGCGGGGCAUGUUGUCAUGGCAACACAGAAACCAAGGGGGGGAGGAGCUUACAUGUAGCCUUACACCAGCCGUAGCUCCACAGUCCUGUGGUGAAUGGAUUUACGGAGUCUGCGAUAAUUCCAACCGACGAGACACGGACGAGCAAUGAGCAUGUGAUGGAAAAAUCGGACAAAAACACUAUAAAUAAGCUGGAAACUGAUCAGAUCCGAGUCCUUUUAUUGGCUCCUCUGAGUU